AUGACGGAGGAAAUGAGCAUCCAAACAAAAGAGGAAGAACUUGAAAAACGUAACUAUAAUCGCAUAAAGGAACUUAUACGGCUAUCAUUUACAUUAGGAGUCAAUCUAACCAAGCCUACAGUUUUUAAAGAAUCACUUAAAGUCAUCAAUAUCUGUCUUAUUGUGAGUAGUAUUGUUUCUAUAUAUGGACAUUGGGCAAAAGUCAUGAAACAUAGUGGCAAUAUUCCCAUGGUUGGCGAGGCUAUUUGUACUGCUUUUCAAACAUUGAUUUCUGUUGUGAAAAUGAUUUAUUUCCUUUUUGCGCAAAGAAGAUUCCAAAUCCUGUUAGCCAGUGUUCAGAGGCAUGAGAUUUUACAAAAAAUGGAGUUAUUUAAAAAAGAUUUUGCUGUUAACAAAAAAUUAAAGUUGGAGGUGGAUAAUAUCAUGAAUGAUGCUUGGAAAGAUUCUCGUCGUCAAAUAAUUUACUAUUUAUCUGCCUGCAUUGGAAUUUGCAGCAAUUACUUUUUCGUGGCAUUAGGUUUUAAUAUCUAUCAUCAGUGGAAAGGAACACCAAAUUAUAUUCCUAGAUUUUCAUAUCCUGUGUAUUACCCAGGUUGGGCGGAACGAGGUUUUGAGUUUCCCUAUUAUCAUAUACAAAUGUAUUUGACAACUUGUGCACUUUACAUAUCUGGCAUGUGCGCCGUUACAUUUGAUGGUGUAUUCAUUAUUCUAUGCGUCCACGGAGUUGGUUUAAUAAACUCUUUAAAGGCAAUAGUAAAACAUUCGACUUCAAUGAGCAUUCCUAAAGAACAGCGCGUCGAGUACUUGCGCUAUUGUAUAUUUCACUAUAAAAGGAUCUACCAAUAUGUGUUGGAAGUAAACCAGAUGUUCAAACAUAUUUCCAUAUCACAAUUUCUGAUGAGUUUAGUUGUCCUCGGAAUUGUUUUGUUUCAAAUGAGCAUUAGUGUGGAGUCCGAUCGAAGUGGCUUAAUACGUAUGAUUAUGUAUAUAUCAGCUGCUGGGUAUCAAAUUAUAAUUUUUUGCUACAAUGGACAACGUUUACUUAGUGCGAGUGAGGAUAUUCCAUUUGCUUUCUACGAUUGUGAGUGGUACAAUGAAAGCGAGGCUUUUAAAUUUCUUGUCAAAAUGUCAAUUAUGCGCAGUCAACACACAUUUCAGUUUGACAUAUCUUGGUUUACUACUAUGUCACUUGCAACCUUAAUGGCGUUCGUUAAAACUUGUUCGUCAUAUUUCCUCUUGCUGCGCAAUAUAUCUGAAUAA